AUGGCCGGAACGAACGAACAUUUGGCCGAUGUCGAAGAUAUCUCGGGUAAGAACACUCUCCAUGCCGAUGAAAUCUCGGAUGGCAAAAGCAUGCAACAACUCUUGCGUCAGAAGAACCAUCUCGUUCUGGGAGAUCCUUCCACCCUCGUGAGAAUGGGCAAUACAGGCGUGUUCUGGGACGCUGUGGCUUACCCAUUCCCUCGUGGUCUGACUCCUGGUGACAUCUACGAAAAAAUUGAGUCAGCUCUUCGUAAUUGUGAGGGUGAGGAUGAGGAUUGGGAUUGUAUGGGUGAGAAAUCAAUCUGGGUUUAUGUUGAUGACAAAGGGGAUUAUCCGAAAAACAAGACUUGGGAAUCCAGAAUCUACUUCCUUCCCGGAGGGGAUAAAUCCGGGAGACGUAACAGAAUGCUACAUGACAUCCAUUUAUGGGGAAUGGACUUUCCUGUGGCCCAUCCUCGUCCAUCAACUUUGGUCAUAGUAUCGGAUCAAGUCAGAGAUGACUUGUUUUUCUUCCGGAUGCUUAAUUAUUUCAGUAUGAGAGGUUUCUGUGUUUUCUUAGCAACUCAGCCUGAGAGCUACCAACCAGAAGAAGAAGUUAAAUGGCCUGCAUCGCUAUUAGCUGAUCUCUACUCUUUUGAAGAAGAAGAUAACAUUCGGUUUAACCGACCACACAGCAUAAGGAGGACUAAUGCUACUCGAGAUGGCAAAGAUGGGGGAGACAAGUGUCUCCAUAUCGAAGAUUUCUCCACCGUCGUUGAAGGGGGUCAGCUAGGCGUGAUAUGGUACAGCUUGCCCAGAAAGAAUGAAGAUUUCUACUGUUAUGAGAGGCCAAUAAUGGUCUUCUGGAACGUGACGCAAUGCCCAAUCCCUUCUAGUGAGACGCUUCCUUGUGUUAUUGAUAAAAUCGAAUCAGCUAUUCAUGAAAUGGGCUUUCAUAGUCCGGUGGUAAUCUUUGCGUAUGCGUAUGGUGACACGCCCGACCAACGAAAUUUAUUUAAGAAAGCCGGAAUUUGUUACGCAGUAGGAGAUGAACACCUGCGAAGCCUCCCAGUCGCAGAUACAGAUGAUUAUGGUGAAAUGGCUGUGGACCUUAUUCUUUUCGCAACACCGACCUAUGAGAAACCAGCAAUUUUAGUGGUAAUCGCGAAUCCAGACGCAGAUAGCGAGUUGCACAGGGUGCUCAAGUGUUUGCAGUCUAGAAAUCACGAUGUUCUCUUAUUUGAUUCUGCAAAGUCAAUAGUUAGAAACACUCAAGGUUUAGUUGGAGGAGCGCACAUAAGCAGGCCGCCUUGCCGUUGUGACUUUUUUAGAUAG